UGUUUGAGUGUCUGAAGCCGUUGGCUGCUCCUGAACGGUUUGGCUCUUUUCUCUGCUGACAGCCUUACAAUGUUCCUCAAUUUCUCUUCAGUAUCUAUUUUCUAGCUCUUAUUAAAUAAAUAUAAUUGUCUGAACAUAACGAGACGCUUGUCUGGAAACUUAACUACCUAUCCGUCGCCUUCAUCUGGGGCUAUAACGCCUUAUUACUACCACAUUGAAAAAAAAAAAAAAAAAAAACACUUGGGAGGAAAUUCCACACAAGCGACACCAGCACAGAAGGCACAUCUUGUGUGAUCUGGAUUUUAAAGUAUUUUACACAACGACAGAACAUCACAUCAAGUAUUGCAGGCAUGGACUACCUCCCAGAUGAUGCACAAGUCCGACAGACGUGAAUUUCGGAUGACUGAAGAAAGGUACAGUUUGAUCCUGUGAGGUUGUUGGUGAACAUCUGAAAACUUGGUCACAUGGUGCUCAGACUCUGGGACAGUACUCUUGUAAAACCUUUGUGUUGUGGAAACCUCAGAGUUAAUACUGUGGCUUCUGACCUGUGUGCUGACCUCAUGGUGUAACCAGGAGUAAAGAUGAGCAUAAGCAGCGAUGAAGUCAACUUCUUGGUGUACAGAUACCUGCAGGAGUCAGGGUUCUCCCACUCGGCCUUCACUUUCGGCAUAGAGAGCCACAUCAGCCAGUCCAACAUCAACGGCGCCCUGGUGCCCCCUGCUGCUCUCAUCUCCAUCAUACAGAAGGGCCUGCAGUAUGUGGAGGCUGAAGUCAGCAUCAACGAGGACGGCACGCUGUUCGACGGGCGGCCGAUCGAGUCCCUGUCGCUGAUCGACGCCGUGAUGCCGGACGUGGUGCAGACGCGGCAGCAGGCCUACCGGGACAAGCUGGCCCAGCAGCAGGCCGCCGCCGCCGCCGCCGCCCCCGUCGCCGCCGGCAACAUGCCGGGCAACGCCAAGAACGGGGAGAACACGGCCAACGGAGAGGAGAACGGAGCGCACGCCUUAGCCAACAACCACACGGACAUGAUGGAGGUGGACGGGGACGUGGAGAUCCCCCAGAACAAGGCCAUGGUGCUGCGCGGCCACGAGUCGGAGGUGUUCAUCUGCGCCUGGAACCCCGUCAGCGACCUGCUCGCCUCAGGGUCCGGCGACUCGACGGCGAGGAUCUGGAACCUGAGCGAGAACAGCACCAGCAGCUCCACGCAGCUCGUCCUCCGCCACUGUAUACGAGAGGGGGGGCAGGACGUCCCCAGCAACAAAGACGUCACCUCGCUAGACUGGAACAGUGAAGGUACACUACUAGCAACUGGCUCUUAUGAUGGAUUUGCAAGAAUAUGGACUAAAGAUGGUAACCUUGCCAGUACCUUGGGUCAGCACAAAGGUCCUAUUUUUGCUCUGAAGUGGAAUAAAAAAGGAAAUUUCAUCCUCAGCGCCGGAGUUGAUAAGACUACAAUCAUUUGGGAUGCGCAUACAGGAGAGGCCAAACAACAGUUCCCUUUCCACUCAGCUCCCGCGCUUGACGUCGACUGGCAGAGCAACAACACGUUUGCCUCAUGCAGCACGGACAUGUGCAUCCACGUGUGCAAGCUGGGUCAGGACCGGCCAAUCAAGACAUUCCAGGGGCACACGAACGAAGUGAACGCAAUCAAAUGGGACCCCACGGGCAACCUGCUGGCCUCCUGCUCCGAUGACAUGACCCUGAAGAUCUGGAGUAUGAAACAAGACACCUGUGUUCACGACUUGCAAGCGCACAGCAAGGAAAUCUACACUAUCAAGUGGAGCCCGACCGGGCCUGGAACCAACAACCCCAACGCCAAUCUAAUGCUGGCCAGCGCUUCGUUCGACUCCACCGUGCGGCUAUGGGACGUGGACCGAGGGAUCUGCAUCCACACGCUAACCAAACACCAAGAGCCCGUGUACAGCGUGGCCUUCAGCCCCGACGGCCGCUACCUGUCCAGCGGCUCCUUCGACAAAUGCGUCCACAUCUGGAACACGCAGACGGGAACCUUAGUCCAUAGCUACAGGGGAACAGGAGGCAUCUUUGAAGUUUGCUGGAAUGCAGCAGGUGACAAAGUGGGAGCGAGCGCAUCAGAUGGAUCUGUUUGUGUAUUAGAUCUUCGGAAAUAACACUGCUAGUUGGAAGCCAUGGACCGACUAUGAAUGUGUACAUAGCCAAAAUGACUGUCCCUGCCCCGCAUACUGCUACAGUCCCUUGUGAAACCAUGGCCAGCCACUACAGCCAAAACGAAGCAUCCCGAAAGCAGUGAAGGAGAGUGCAGGACCCCAGGGCCCCGGACCUGACUCCUCCCAGAGACUCACACAGGCGAAUCGGAGAAACCGAAAAAAGCGAAAACGAGCUAGAUAACGGACCCGUACGUGCACCAAAAUUUAAGAGAGGUUUCUUUUCUGUUCUUUAAACCAGAAUCAACAUUUAAAGAAGAAAAAAAAAGAUUUUCUUAUGUUUGUGGGUAGAUCAGUUUUGUGUGUGGCAGACAUAUCGGCUUUCUUAAUCCAACGGCAGAUUUUGGUUUCCCUCCCCCCUCCCCGACCCCCCGUUUAUAAAUGUUUAACAGAUAUCUUAGGUUUCAGCUGCAUGAAGCAGAGGAGCCGGUCGACUUUAACCGUUGCUUUUAUACCUGGAUAGAAAUGCAUCCUGGCAAAAAAAAAAACAAAUCGUCUUUGGUGGUACUGUAUGUUUUGUGGUUUAAAAAAAAAAAACACAUUGUGGGGGGGCCGUUAUUUUCGUUUUUUUUUUUUUAUAUUUCAGUUUCACUUUCCCGCAUUCUUCAGUUGUAGUUUUGAUGCUAUGGUUUUGCUGGUGAUUCAGAAUGCAGUAGUCUUUUCCUCUCUAAGUGGAUGUUGAUUUUGCGGAAUUUUAAGGAUUACGAUUGUAAGAUGGGCACAAAAAUAAGAAACGAUGCGCCAUGCAUCAUUUUGCUUUAAAACCAUAAUUAUGGUUGUAUUGUGCACUAUUGACAGAGAAACAUUAGUAAUAAAACAUUUUGAUUCAUA